GCCAUCUAUCUAUCCAAUUCCACCACAAAAAAUAUGAAUGAAAGAGCAAAACCAGAGUGCCACAUACUACUGUGUGAGUUAUAGAGCAUUGGCAGCAACUUUUUUGUGGCACAAAAAAUGGAAUUAUCUGCACAGUCUCUUUCCUGUGCCAAGCAGCUUCCAAACCCUCAAAGGCCUAGUUGUUCUCUAUCUCCUCACCUCCACUCCAAACCAUGUUCUCAUCAUUCUAUAUCUGUCCCCUUUCUGGGCCUUAAUAAGAACAUACCCUCAAAGCUACCAUGCAGUAGACUCAAAACAAGGCAACAGAGGAACCUAGUUGUCCCCAUAAAUGCUUCUGGGGUUGAAACCACUGCAACAGAUGAUUCAGAAAGAUGGCUUCUUGAACCUGUAGGUGACGGUGACUCCAAACACCUAGGUUAUAAGGUUUCAAUGCCCAGUGCAUUCGAAAUAACUUCUAAGAUAGUCACCGUUGGGCGUGCUCCUGAGAAAGCAGAUAUGGUAAUACCUGUUGCAACAGUGUCAGGUCUGCACGCUCGCAUUCAGAAGAAGGAUGGGAAUCUUUUUGUGACAGAUUUGGACAGCACCAAUGGUACAUUCAUUGGUGGAAAACGGCUUAGACCCGGUGUUGCUGCUACAGCACCAUCUGGAAGUUAUAUUACAUUUGGGGAUAUCCAUCUAGCAAUGUUUCGUGUUUCAAAGCUAGAGAAUGUGGAAGCUUCUGGAAAAUCAGAGGGCUCCGAAAGUAAACCAGAGAGUGAAGAAGACCCAAGUGAUAAUUCAGAGACCACUGGUUAAAGUUUAGGGAAAAUUAUUGUAAAAUCCCAUUUGGGAGAGUUUUGAACUGAGUAGUCCUCCGUAUUUUUUAAUACCCUUGGAAGUGCUGUUUUUUUUGGUAAUGAUAUAAGGAAGAUCCCGUUUGUGUGUUUUGGGAUUGAUUUUGUGACGCUUUUACCCUUCAUUGUAGUGUGUAAUGUUUUGACAAGGGGAGUGGUAAAUCCCGUUGAUUACGUUGUUCUGAUGUCUACCUUUGGGAAGGACGUGCGUGGGUGGUGUCUUUGUCUGUAUAUUUGAAUUCCGGGGUGGGGGUGCUGAAGGUAAUAACGUUCGGUGGAGUGUUGAUUGCGGUUGACGGGCUGGGAAGUUGCAAAGAAAUGAAGUAGUGUUUUUGGUU